UAGGAUUUAUUUUAUAUUCUCUGUGUGAAUUUCAUAAUAAACGUAUCCCGUGUUGAUUCCCUUUUCAAUGUGUUUGUUUUUUUUUCAGAAAAUAGAGUUCAACUAGAAUUUUUUCUUCUUAAUAAUGGAAUCCUUAUUUUCAUCAUUGAAAACGUUUUUCAAGAGACCACCAGUUAUUAUCGAUAAUCUUGCAUUUCGAUUACAUUAUCGUGGUACAUUUAUCGUAUUGGUGGCAUGUAGUCUAAUGGUAACAAGUAAACAAUAUUUUGGUGAUCCAAUUGAUUGUAUUUCCAAAGAUGAUAUACCGAAUAAGUUGUUGGAUACAUAUUGUUGGAUACAUACAACGUUUAGCAUUGAAAAUGCAUGGAAAAAAACUGUUGGACAUGAAGUUCCAUAUCCGGGUGUUGAUAAAGCCACCGAUGGACAAAAACGUGUAUAUCAUGCCUAUUAUCAAUGGGUUUGUUUCGUUCUGUUUUUCCAGGCAGCAUUUUUCUACAUUCCCCGUUUCUUAUGGAAAGCAUAUGAAGGUGGUCGUGUUGCUAAAUUAACCGAAAAUCUUAAUGCACCAUUAGGCAGUGAUAAUAAACGUAUCGAAUUGUUGGCUAAAUAUCUCAAAGUUUAUGAAAAACGACAUAAUCAUAUGUUCUAUUUCUAUUCAUUUAUGGAAAUAUUGAAUCUGGUCAACGUUCUUGUACAGAUGAUGAUCAUGAAUCGAUUUCUGGGUGGUGAAUUUACUUCCUAUGGCUGGGAUGUUCUUCAGUUCACCGAAUGGGAUUGGUCAGUGCGUUAUGAUCCAAUGAUAAAAGUUUUCCCACGUCUUACUAAAUGUACAUUUCAUCGAUAUGGUUCAUCUGGUGAUGUUCAAAAACAUGAUGCCAUGUGCAUUCUUCCCAUCAAUAUUUUGAACGAAAAAAUCUAUGUAAUUCUCUGGUUUUGGUUCUAUAUGGUUGCUAUUAUUUCAGCCAUUACUAUAAUCUAUCGGUUAACAACAUUACUUUUUCGACAAGUACGACUAUCUCGAACUAAAGCUCAUUGUUCCAUUGUUGAUCGUAAUAAUCUGGAAACGGUACUUGAUCGUGUGUCUGUCGGUGAUUGGUUUCUGCUUGAUAUGUUAGCCAGGAAUAUGGAUGCAUCUUGUUUCAAUCGAUUGAUUGAACUUCUCAAAGGAAAUAAUAUUAAUGCUAAAGUUUGAAUUCACUCGAGACAUUUUCAAAAUAUCAAUUCGUCCAAAUGACCAAAUUUUUGUUAUAAUAUAUUUUUUAAAAAAGAAAAAAUUCUCUAUUCAGCUCAAAA